GAUUAGCGUGCGCCCGCCGCCGGCUGGGGCCGCCAUUUCUCGAAGUCCCCGAGGAGGAACCACCGCCCCCAUCCCGCCCUCGCCCGGCCGGCCGGGGACCCCCGCCUAGAGGGGAGCGCGCAGCUCCGGGCCCGGCGCCUCCCCCGCCCGCCCGCGCCGCCGCAUCUUUCGACUCCUCCGUCGCGGCCGCGGCCGCCGCCACCAGUGAGGAAGAUGCUAAGUUUUUUCCGACGAACGUUGGGGCGCCGGUCCAAUGCGCAAGCAUGCCGAGAAGAGCGCCUGAGAGAAGCCCAGCGAGCUGCUACCCACAUUCCUGCAGCUGGAGAUGCCAAGUCCAUUAUUACAUGUAGGGUGUCAUUGCUAGAUGGAACCGAUGUCAGUGUGGAUUUGCCGAAAAAAGCCAAAGGACAGGCGCUCUUUGACCAGAUCAUGUAUCAUCUGGACCUGAUUGAAAGUGACUAUUUUGGACUGAGGUUUAUGGAUUCAGCACAAGUGGCACACUGGUUGGACAGUACAAAAAGCAUCAAAAAACAAGUUAAAAUUGGUUCACCAUAUUGUCUGCACCUCCGUGUUAAGUUUUACUCCUCAGAACCAAAUAAUCUUCGUGAAGAGCUAACAAGGUAUUUAUUUGUUCUUCAGUUAAAACAAGAUAUUCUCAGUGGAAAAUUGGAAUGUCCUUUUGACACAGCAGUCCAGUUGGCAGCUUACACAUUGCAAGCUGAACUUGGUGACUUUGAUCUUGCUGAACAUGGCCCUGAACUUGUGUCUGAAUUCAGGUUUGUGCCCAUUCAGACAGAAGAGAUGGAGCUAGCCAUUUUUGAGAAGUGGAAGGAGUACAGGGGCCAAACACCAGCACAGGCUGAGACCAACUAUUUGAACAAAGCCAAAUGGCUAGAAAUGUAUGGGGUGGAUAUGCAUGUAGUAAAGGCUCGGGAUGGAAAUGACUAUAGUCUAGGACUCACUCCAACAGGAGUCCUUGUAUUUGAAGGAGAGACCAAAAUUGGAUUAUUCUUCUGGCCCAAGAUUACCAGAUUGGACUUCAAAAAGAACAAAUUAACUUUGGUAGUUGUGGAAGAUGAUGAACAGGGAAAGAAGACCAGAAACACACAUUUUGUCUUUAGACUAGAGCACCCCAAAGCUUGCAAACAUUUAUGGAAAUGCGCUGUGGAGCAUCACGCUUUCUUUCGUCUCAGAGGACCUGUUCAGAAGGGGUCUAGCCGAUCGGGAUUUAUUCGUUUAGGUUCACGGUUCAGAUACAGUGGGAAAACUGAGUAUCAGACCACCAAAACCAACAAAGCAAGAAGGUCAACUUCCUUUGAAAGACGACCCAGCAAACGGUAUUCCCGACGAACACUGCAGACGAGAGCAAAUGCAAUGAAACCUGAAGAAUCCAGUCUCCAGAAGGAUGUUUCAGCCCAGAAUAAUGGAUCCCAACAAGUUAGGGGUACGAGGUCAACUAUGCCUGUAAUCUCAUCCAUUCCUUCUGGUCCUGUUCUGGUGGAGAUAGAGAAUCUUCCAAGGAGUCCAGGAAUGAGCCACAAUGACAGGAAAUGGCUAUCUGAUGCCAGUGACCGCUGUCUACGUGGUGGAACCCAGUGGAGCACAGGGGCCUUGCCACCACCCCAGGCUGCUUGUAGAAACUACACUGACUUUGUCCAUGAACGCAAUGUGAAGAAUUCAGGAGUCCAUCGUGAUGUUGACUAUACUGUCCAUGCAGCCAUGACUGAAAUAUAAUUGGCGGUUAGCCUGAUUUAAGGCAGUGGGACUGCUUUUGUGAUGCCAUCUCGUGGUAUACUUUAACUAAGAUGCCUUAAAUCAAACUGAGGGAAGUUGAGGGGAAGCCAGUUUUAAGUGCCAAGUUUCCCUUUGUGUGGUGCUUUUUUGUACUGAGCCCUUUUGAGAAAGGGAAUAAGAAGUUAUGUGACACAAAUAAUAAUGCUAAGUCUUCUUGCAUUGAAAAUGGUAUGCAUAUUGUAAUUUUAAGGUUUCCUUAAUUUAAGUAUGUUAGGUCUUUAUUGAUCAGUGGGUGCCUUAGCAGGUCUCUGUGUAUGUAUGUGUGUACAUGUGUACACACUUAUGUAUAUGUGUGUGUGUGUGUGUGUGUGUGUACACACAUGCAUAUGUAUGCACAUAUACACAUAUGUUCCAUUCACCUCAUAGUAAAACUAUCAUAGAUUUCUUUUUAUUUGGGAGAAGAAACCAAAAGCCUUAAAAUUUGGAAGGAGUGGCAUAUAUUUCAUCAUUUAUGUACCUAAAGAUUUUUAUCUUAGUCGUUUAUAAUAUAUAUUUUGAAGGAAAGAAUGUGACUUAAUUUAAAAAAAAUAAAAUGCUGCUUGUAAUCAGCCAUGUAGAGAUGUCUA